GGGAGGAGGAGGAGGCGGCGGGAAGCCCAGGAGGAGGGAAUCCAGAGAGGAAGGAGCAGCAUUGGUGCAGCAGGAGAGAGAAGAACGCAAGCGAGGAGGAGAGGACACACGUUCAUCUCUGCCUGGAGAUGAAAGACACUUUUAUGUUACGCUGAAAGGGAUUUUCAGUUGGUGUCGUCAUGUAUUUUGGUAACAUGUGUCACAGUGUCCUGCCUCCACUGGCCCGUCCCGCACUGGGCCGGACCCAGGCCUCGCCGGAUCUGAAGCCCCUCCUCCCCUUUCACCUGUUGCUGGGAUUCAGUGACGUGGGCCACGUACAUAAAGCUCUAAUGAGGCCAAGCUUUGGACUAACCUCACCGCUGAAAAGAAAGUCAAAUUCCUGUGGAGUCUGUCGACAGAGGUUCAACUCUGAGGCACAAGCUUCUUCUCGAUUUAGCAGCAGCAAACACGCCAAGAGCCUCAAAGCUCUGGAUGGCCCAGAUUGUCAGAUUUUGCCGUGUGAACCAGCGACGAGGGAAACCCCAUCGCAGAUCCUCCCGUCACCCUGCUCGCAGCCCCCCAGCCACAACAGCACAUCAGCAGAACCCUCAGCCCCGAAGCCUACCUCAGAGGUGGUGAAGCCGAGCAGCAGCCCCACUGAAACUCUGAAAACGCCAGCAGAGACCUCCCUCUCGCCUUGCCUCAGGACAUCAGAGAAAGUUUCACAAAGGGACAGUGAGGUGGAGAUGCGACCAGAGGAGGAGACAGAAGAAGAGAAAGCUAGACGCCUCCUCUACUGCGCCCUCUGCAAGGUGGCCGUCAAUUCUGCAUCACAGCUCCAGGCCCACAACAGUGGUACAAAGCACAAAACAAUGCUGGAGGCCCGAAGUGGAGAAGGGGCCAUCAAGUCCUUCCCCAGAGCAGGAGUCAAGACCAAGUUCACUGCACCAUCUGAAUCAUCAACUGGCCUCCAGAACAAAACGUUUCACUGUGAGAUCUGCGACGUGCACAUCAACUCUGACACCCAGCUCAAACAGCAUAUAAGCAGCAGGAGACACAAGGACAGAGCAGCAGGUAAACCAGCCAAGCCGAAAUUCACCCCCUACGCUCCCGCGCAGCGCCACCAAAGUUUCCAGGCAAUUCGAGUGGCUCUGAGGAACAAGCAAGACCUGCCCAAACCUCUGGCCACGUGUCUCCUCCAGCAUCAACUUUCCGUGGCCGCCAGUGCCACCAUUGCGACUUUGCCCACCUUCCCUCUUCGAGCACCAUCAAAUUCAAGCCCCGCCUUGUUCCAGAGUCAGCCCCUCCCACCGGCCCUGCUGCGUCCAGCUCCUGGUCCCAUGUGUUCAACACACACCCCGGUUCUCUUUUCUCCAUAUUGACCAGC